GGCAGGGGAGGGGGGCGGGCUGCACUCCGAAACGGCCUCCCGCCGCCAGCGACGGAGCGAACCCCCCUCCCCUCGGCAGCGGCGCCGGGUUCACGCUGCGGGGAGAGCCGGCGGGCGGGCGGGCGAGCGGAGAGCGCGCGCGCGGCGAGCUCGGGACUCCCGCGCCGGAUGUGAGGUCACGUGAUGGCCUCAUCCCAGCGCCGAGGGCGGAGGGGCGCAGAGGGGACGUCAGGAGGGGCGGGACCAGACGGAGGGGGCGGGGCGGGGCGCAGGCCCCGCCACCCCCUCGCCGUUAGCCCCCCAGGCGGGCGAAGACCAGAAAGGCACCCUCCCCACUCCGAAACAAACAACCAGAAAACUACGUGUAAUUCGCCUUUGACAACCGGCUCGGCGCCCGGCCUCGGGGCGGAGGACUGGGAGGCGUCCCCAGGAGAAAGCUCCCACGCGCCCACUCCGCCGCCUCCGGCGGGAAGGAGUCUCUUGCGACAGUGUUGGAUGCAAAUUAAAUACUUCCCUCCGCAGAAGCUUUAUCUCGAGGCCGGGCCCCUGCCGGAUAUACAAAUCACCAGUUUGGUUUUCGCGGCGUCCCUUCGGCGCGUUUAGGGACCUGCUGCUCCGGGCUCCGGCCAUGUUUCGGCCCUGAGUCUACCUCGCCCGCGCCCUUGAGGCCCGGCCAUCGCUGUUAUUGUUAUUCCACCUUGUCGCUAACAGAGCUCUGAGCUGCUUGAGCGUAAAGAAGGGAAGGGAUGGCACGCGCGCGGCCCCUGGUCCAGCGCGCUUGGGGAGACCUCGCUGGAGGCAGGGAGCGUUCAGGUUCUGGUUCGUAGCACAUGGCGAGCCUUCUCGGGGGCUGCCACCCCUGAUCCGCGACGCAUGGUGACACCUCAUCUGAGGCAGCACACCGCCCCCCCCCCAAGUCCACGGCACCGAUGUCACCUCGCCGGGAGGCAGGCACACGCUGCUCCUGGCCGUCCUGGGCUGUGC